UUAUUUUUUCUUUCUUAUUGUUAUUAAUUAUAAUAAUAAUCUCUUUUCUUUGCUUAAUUGCCAAUCAUUAAUCUUCUUUCUCCUGAAUAAGCUUUUACCCUCUCAAGAUCCUCUUGGUCUCUUGCUUCCCCUUUUUUUUUUUGGUUCUUUCUAAUUUUGAAAAGAAAAGGGAAGAGUUUUAAAGGGAGCUAGGCUGGGGUUGCUAGAGGUUUUAGAUCUGCGGAAGCUAAGGUUGUUUGAGGCAAUGUCUCUUGGUUUCUUGGUUUCCUUUUGACUAUCUAAGUAAACCCACUUGCAUCUUUCUACUCCUAAAUUUUCUUGGGUUUUUUUAGGGUCUUGACUUCUUGGCCCCUCUUCUUCAGAGAAGCUGUAGUGUUUGGGUUCCUUUUGUUUUUGGUGGCAAUAAAGUCUCUUCUUGGGUACUCACUCUGCAUUUCUUGCUUGAAUUCAUAGGAAGAUAGAGAGAGGGGCUACUCGGUAAGUGGUAAACGUUUGUAGAAAUGCUGACCAUUGGGAGUCCUACUACCAGUUUGUUUACAAGCACUAGCUGCAAUACUUUGCUCAGAGAGCUUCAGAGAUGCGCAUGCGAGGCCGGGUGACACAUGAUUACGGGCUAUUGAUUUUUUUUUUUUGGGUGGGAGUGGAGUAUGGGACACUUCUAUUCUGUGAGCUUUUACUAGCUGCUUCCAUAGAAGAAUUGUUCACAGUGAGGUUUUGGGGUUACACAAAUAUGGACUGACAUUGGCGAGAGUGAAGCAGAAAAGGACCGCAUGCUACUGGAGUUGGAGAGAGAAUGUCUGGAAGUUUACCGGAGAAAGGUCGAGGAUGCUGCCAAUUCCAAAGCACGACUUCAUCAGUCUGUUGCAGCUAAGGAAGCUGAACUUGCAACACUUAUGGCUGCUCUUGGAGAGCUUAGCGUUCAUUCUCCGAUUCAGACAGAUAAGAGGACUAGAUCAUUGAAGGAAAAACUUGCAUCUGUUACACCAGUUGUAGAAGAUCUGAGGAUGAAGAAAGAAGAACGGAUAAAGCAAUUUGCAGAGAUUAAGGCACAAAUUGAAAAAAUCAGCAGUGAGAUUUCUGAAUAUAAUAAUCUCAACAAUACUCUGGUGACAAAUUUAACUCUAGAUGAGCAGGAUUUGUCGUUAAGAAAGCUUAGUGAAUAUCAAACACAUCUUCGCAGCCUUCAAAAAGAGAAGUCUGACCGCCUUCAAAAGGUCUUUGAAUAUGUGAAUGAGGUGCAUUCUCUAUGUGGUGUGCUUGGGUUAGAUUUUGGCAAGACGGUAAGUGGAGUACAUCCAAGCUUGCAUGGAACCCAACAGGAACAAUCCACAAAUAUAAGCAACAGCACGCUGGAAGGUCUAGAACAGGCCAUUCGCAUGUUGAAAUUGGAAAGAAAAGCUCGAAUGCAAAAGCUGAAAGAUGUUGCGGCAUCGUUAUUUGAACUUUGGAAUUUGAUGGACUCUCCCACAGAAGAGAAAAACAAGUUUUCUAGAAUUACUUCUGUUCUUGGAUUUGCUGAAUCUGAAAUCAUAGAACCAGGUGUUCUAUCAGCAGAGAUAAUUCAACAGGCUUCAACAGAAGUGGAGAGGCUCACUAAGUUAAAAGCAAGCAGAAUGAAAGAACUAGUAAUGAAAAGGAGAUCAGAUUUGGAGGAUGUAUGCAAAAUGACUCAUAUAGAACCUGAUACAAGUACUAAUCCUGAGAAAUCCACUGCAUUGAUAGAUUCUGGUUUGGUGGAUCCUUCUGAACUUUUGGCAAACAUCGAAGCCCAGAUAGUCAGAGCUAAAGAGGAAGCCUUGAGCCGAAAAGAAAUUAUGGAUAGGAUAGAUCGAUGGCUUUCUGCAUGUGAAGAGGAAAAUUGGCUUGAAGACUAUAAUCAAGACACUAACAGGUACAAUGCUGGAAGAGGUGCACAUCUCAACCUUAAACGUGCAGAACGAGCUCGAGUGACCAUAAGCAAAAUUUCAGCAAUGGUUGACAAUCUGAUACUCAAAACCCUAGCUUGGGAGGAUGAAAAGAAGAUGUUAUUUCUGUAUGACGGGGUUAGAUUGGUCUCUAUACUGGAGGAUUACAAACUGACCAGACAACAGAGAGAAGAGGAGAAAAGGAGAUAUAGGGACCAAAAGAAGCUCCAAGAUCUACUGCAAACAGAGAAGGAAGCCAUGUAUGGGUCUAAACCCAGUCCACGGAAAACUAACAGUUUUAGGAAACCAAAUGGUUAUCGUGCAAAUGGAAAUGGUUCUAUGACUCCCACACCUCGUAGGAACUCAUUUGGAGGUGCAACUCCUGAACUUCUCACUCCUCGAUCCUAUUCUGGACGUCAAAAUGGCUAUUUCAAGGAAAUGAGAAGGCUGUCUACUGCACCGUUGAACUUUGUUGCCAUAUCAAAAGAGGAAACGAUGUCAUUUGCAUCUGUUUGUGGUUCUGAGCCUGGCUCUCCUCCGCAGGGUUAAGUGAUUUGGAAUGGAACAUGUGACCUUGUAGAAGUUUGAUGAUCGAAAACUUCAAUUAUAGCUGUGGAACUUUGUGAAUAUGAAACAGAUGUACACUAGUGUAUGAUUGUGAUCAUUGUUAGGGGUUCUUGGAGAGUGGUUACUGAUGUUGAGGAGUCCACUGGUAUGCUAUUUUCUCUGAAGAAUAUCAGCUUGUGGAAGGGGUGACCAACACUGGUAGAUACUAGUUUGGAAACAUCAGCUCUCGUUCAACAAUACAGGCAUUAUGUUAGUUUCGUGAUAGUACUGACCAUGUUUUGUGGGUUUUGCUUGUGCUUUGCGAAUGUGUAUAUUAUGGAUUCCAGUGUGAUUGUCUAUCAUUUGAUGUUUAGGAACCUUGGUAUAUUUGGAGAAUGCAUAUUUUAGAAACUGUGGUGCGAUAGGUUGACAAGGAAUAAAUGUUUUGACUUCGUUGAAGUUUGUCUUUCUUU